AUGCGGUCGAUAGUUUUGCUUGAGCUUCUAGCAACCUCUCCUGAAGACAGAUCAGAACGGAUUCUAGAUCUAUGUAUGCUCCCUCUUCGAAACUGUGCAGAAUCCCGCGCAAUUCUUGACAACGAUGAGGUUGUACAGCACCUCAAUCGAAUUAUGUCAGCAGGACAAUGGGAAAAUAGAUUAGAUAUCUCUAGUUUAAGGUGCUUGACAUCGGAAGAACGGACAUAUUUCCAAAGUUUUGCACACAAUAAGAAAUAUGGGUGUCCCGAUCUGACUUUUGUAAUGAAGAAGUCAGACUCCGGAGCCGUGUUACAAACUAUAACAUGA